AUGCCUACAGACGCCGGUCAAGACGAUUCCAGCCCGGAAUCAAUGCGCACCUCUCCAUCUCCAGACGAUAUCAUUGCAGCAUUCCUCGAACAGCAAGACGACAUAAUCAUGUAUGGGCAGUCUCAGGAAUACUCUUCCACGCCUGUGAAUAGCCUCCCAAAUCCCUCUUUGGAUGAAGUCCUUUUUCAAAGCAAUGCAUACACUGGGGCAAGGCUCAGCCCGUCUCCAAGGCCUUUGUCAGGAUUCCAACAAGAUUCCCAGCUACCAUCUCCCCCGGUGUCGCGUUCUGCGAGCCCAUCGGAGAGUAAUAAAACUGCGCCUCGUCACCGUCGCACAUUCUCCUACCCCAGAAAGACAGACAGACAAGGUGGGACUCACGUCAGGAGGCACACCACACUGGGUGGUAUGAGUUCAAAGAGGCACAUGGCGCAUAGUCCCAUGGUUCCACGCAAAGCCGGGGAUUGGGAGCCUUGGAAAAACGUCAUCCACCAACUGUACAUUGUACAGAAUCAUAUCCUCAAGGAUAUCAUCGUCAUCAUGGAGAACACAUACCAAUUCAAAGCAACACCAAAGAUGUACAAGAACCAGUUUGCCAGAUGGAACUUCUUCAAGUACGCCAUCAAACGGCGAUCACCUCGCUCGGGAACGGACACGUGCUCCUCCGACUCGGCCUCUCCUGAAAGCACCGGAGAACCUUUUUGGAUGAUUGAUCACGACCUCAACAAGCCUGAAGAGACGCCAACAAGGGCUGCUACUGCUGCCUUCUGCAAUAAUUGCGAUAGCCCCGGUGACGCAUACCCGUCUCACUACCUGGAGGGCAACAGUCCCUCCUCUGCAACCCAGGAGGAGGCAUGCUAUCGCUUGCAGCCUCCUGCUGCUAUAGACAACGAGUUGUUAUUCCGUUUCUGUCUCGACACAGAGUCCUUCUCGUUGGCUCAACAGAUCAUCAUGAACGAUCCCGAAAGCAAAGAAUUGGGGGCGAGGUGGAACAAGGGAGAUUUCGGGUUCGACUUUGCUCCGCGCUUGGAGAAUCUAUUUGAUAAUGCGACAGCGAUGACCGGUUCUUGUCAGGAUUUAGAGGGAGUCUUGAAAGCACUCCGAAGCAUCUACUGUGGGUGGAUGGGCGACUAUUAUGAGUCUACACAGCAGUGGUCGGAGGCGAUCGAGUGGAGGAAAAUAGGUCUGUCUAUGGCUUCGAACCGGGAGUAUGUUGCGUGCUCAAUGCACUUGGAGGAGUUGAUAAGAGAUCAUGGAUUAAAUGAAGAGGCGGAAGAGUUAAGGAGGGCACGGAUGAAUAUCGGGUGGUCAUCAAUGGGCGGCAUGUUGCCAGUUUUUGUUUGA